AUGAGCUUGGCGGAACACGAGCUCGAUCGUCCUCACCGGUCAUCCGAAUUUGAAACGCUGACUGACGGCUCCAGUGUAUCGGGCGGCUCGAAGCAGGAAUUGAUCGACACACUGUACAGUACCAGAGCGCCGUGCGGUGCUAGUCGUCUUACCUCCCUUGCCGACUACACCGAGCGACUGGGGUGCGACAUCGACACCAGCGACCUCUUGAGCCUCCCCGACCCCACUCCCGUUCCUGUUGACGUGAUCUCGACCUCUGUCGAUCUCGCUGCUGUUGCAACUUCGCUUGCAGCUCAGCAGAGCGUUACUGCCGAUGACAGCGCGCCUACUGUGAUUCCCCUCCGCAAGCGUCAGGGUACUUGCAAGCCAUUCUCUUCGUUCGCAAGCAUCAACUCGGAUCUCACUAAAGCUAGCCCAACUGCUUUCCAGACCUACCCGCCCUGGCAGGCUGCAUCGGGCCCUAUCGGCACCUAUGGCCUCCCCAUCUACGAGGGUGUCAACUCUGUUGGACCGAAGAACGGAUUGCUGAGCGUCAAUGCCUACAGUACCUACGACCCGACCGUCUGCCAGGCCAAGUGCGACAGCUUGAAGAGCUGUGCAUCAUUCGCCAUCUGGCGCGAGCGUGUUCCCACCCAAAAGUACGAUGCUGCUGCUUGCCCAAGCCCUUCUACGGACGCGGCCUACCAGACCAAGUGUCUCUACUACUCCUACAAGCUGGCUGCAACAGAUGCAACCAACAAGGGUCAGUGGACGAACAACGGCAAGUUCAAUGUUGUGCAGACAUCGGUCAAGUUCUUUAACAAGAACAGCUAUGUUCCUGCCGCGGUCGAUGGCUUCUCUGGUCCCACAGGCGACUUUGGUGUUUGUGCACCUCAAGCUAUGACCACCGAUGGUGGCAACGUCUUGACUGCCACGGGCACCUUCCACGUCACUGUUCUUGCCCGUGACCCUGGUCCCAUGACGACUGCCAUCGAUCCUAGCUUCUGCGCAUCCACUUGCAAAGCAAUCACCUCCGGUGGACAGCCCGAUGCCACGUCGGGCAUCAAGGUCAAUUGCAACAUGUUCAGCCUCUUCCUCCUGCGCGCCAAUGGAAAGGAUGCUUGGCAGUGCCAGUACUGGACCAUGGACCUGGAUGCGAGCAGGAACACUGCCUGCAGUCUUAACAAGUUCGUAGUUGCUAGCUGGAACGACAGCAGCACAUUCGGUCUACGCUGCAUCGAGGACUUCAAGAACAUUCCUAUCCGCUCUGAUUUCCAGGCCGAUUCUUAUUCUCUGCAGGAAAGCUCCGACGGCAAGCCCAAUGCUUACAUUGAAUAUGCCUCUGAGAUGGCUGAAUUCACCAGUAGUGACUCAAUCGGCUCUUACUACAUCUUCAACAAGCCAUACUUCUAUCAACAAGAUGCCACCAGACUUGCGGGCGACGGCUUCUUUGGUCUAGUCGGAGCAGAUUACAACGGGGGUGGAUUCACCUGGACUGCCAGCGGCUUUACUUUUGAUCUCGAGUCUGUUGACCUUGGGCGUUGGUUCUUUGACUAUGGAUCGAGCUCGGAUACUAUGCAGCUUCAAGGACUGCGCAAUGGCCAGGUUGUGACGCAGCCAACUCCAGCGUAUCACAUCCCGGGUACAGACAACGAGGAAUGGGUCCACGCUACCGGCCUUCUCAAUCUUGGCUUCAACAACCUUGACGCGAUCCGAAUCCAGUUUGGCGAUGAAACUGGCAGUGCCAUUAAUACUGCCUGGGCCGUCGCCACCAAUCUCGUUCUCACUCGUCACGCUGUGCCAACUACACAGAGUGGACGACGUGGACUGCACACUGUCAGCGCACGCGACGCCGCCAACUCUUCUUCUGGCGGAUCCCAGGCUUUGCCUACCCUCCCGGGCUUUGUCCCCACGGGCAUCGUCUCUCCAAUCUUCAAGAUCGCCUACAAGCCUGACAACGGGACCUCGGCCUCCAACUAA